AUGGGUCACAAUCUGACCGGUCAAAGUCACCGAGUCUGCAGCUGCCUAACUCCUUCAAGUUCAGUGUACCAUCUAUCUGAUGAGAGGCUGGGAGAAAAUCCUGUUUGCUUGCAGGUUACAAUGGAGGCACUCAUUUCUGCAGUUCUUGGUGAUCUUGCAAGCAGAGCCAUAUCCUUCGUGGUUGAUAAGUGCCGUGAGCAGAGAACCGCGGAAGAGGAUCUGCAGAGGCUCCAGCAGCUUCUUCUGAGGUUACGUGCCAUCGUCGAGGAGGCCGAGGGGCGGCAUGUCACUAACCGAGGGAUGAUCUGUCAGGUUAGCUUGAUGACAAAGCAAAUGUUCAGAGGGUACUACCUUCUCGACACCUUCAAGUGCAGAGAGAAGAAAGACAACAAUGAGGAGGUGAGUGUUUCCUCAUUCGUUCAAUCCAAAUUUAAUCCGGCUAAGCGUUUUCGCCGCCUUUCUAGCAACACUCAGAUUGAGAGCAUGGUAAUUGGUAGAGAAAGCAGCAAAGAGUUGAAACAGGCCGUUCUUAUCCUAGAAAGAAUGGUUGCUGAUAUGAAGGAGUUUGUUAUAUUUCUGAUGAGUUACCCUCGCAUGCACCGCCAACCUUAUGGUGCAUAUUUAUUUUUGGACAAGUUUAUGUUCGGCCGCCAAAUGGAGAGGGAACAAGCCAUCAGCUUCUUGCUACAAGCUGAGCCUCUAGGGGCUGAGAGAUUGGGUGUCCUUCCAAUCGUCGGUCCUGCACUUAUUGGAAAGAGCACUUUUGUGGAACAUGUUUGCGAUGAUGAGCGUGUGCGCAGUCAUUUCUCCUUGAUCUUGCUCUACAGCGGAAAUGACCUUAAAGGUGAAACUGCGAUGACUUUUAGGGAACAUUGCCUGAUCAAGCAUGAAAAUAUUGUUGCAUCAGGUAAAGAAAGGUCUUUGGUUGUCAUUGAGCUCUCGGGGGACAUGGAUGAAGGAGCGUGGAAGAGGCUGCUGCACUCUGCUGAAAGAUGCAUGACACGUGGGAGCAAAAUCAUAGUGACCAGCCGAUCAGAGAAGAUGGUCAGGUUUGGAACAACGGAAGCCAUCAAGCUAAGUUGUUUGUCUAAAGAAGCUUACUGGUAUUUCUUCAAGAUGCUCGUGUUUGGAAGCACGGACCCGGAGGAGCACCCAAGGUUAGCAUCCAUAGCCAUGGAGCUAGCACCCAGGAUGUGCGGAUCUUUCAUCUCCGCAUAUGUUGUUGCUGCCUUACUGAGAGAAAAUUUCAGUACCCGGUUCUGGUGCAGGCUUCUCAGAAACAAUAGUAAGUACAUGCAGAAGAAUGCAUUGUUGGCUGGUGAAUAUUUUGACGAGGAUAAGCCUCGGUACGUUAUGACCAUUACUGGAACACGGCGAGUUUCUGAGGAUCAUAAGCUCUUUCUGCUCCAUCAUAGUUAUCAAAAAGGGCCUGCUGCUCAGGGCGAAGUUCCGAGGAUAACACUGGUGGAUGUUCUAUUCAGUAGAUGGAGCACUGUGCCACGGGACAAAUUUGAGGUCUUGUGCUGGAGGUCUCUCAUACCACCAUACUACAGCUAUAUAAAUGCUUGUGAGUUUGUGCGGCACAAGAACACAACACCGUAGUUCUCUUCUUGUAUACUCGAUCAAUUAUGUUUGGCUUACCAGAUUGGCACAUAUUAGACUUCCUUGCAUGUUGUUCUAAAUGUUGGUGCUUGAUUUAAGUUGAUUUGGUUCUAGACUGAUCGAUCAUAUAGGGAGUAUUACUGCAAUUAGAAUGCAGUAGAUCAUCAUGUAAGGUUAUGUUUGUAAUCACCUGUAUACUCUUGAUCUCAAUAAGCAAAUCCUUGGAAUAAAAUCUACUCCGUAUA